AGAUGUUGACCCACGAUGAAAGGAGAACUGACUGUGAGCGAGCCUUCGUUUGAGCCAAAUGAUGCGGAUCCCAAACGAAGAGCCGCAAUUCUCAUCACCUCAACAUCUAUGCCACGUCAUACGCUGUUGGGCGGAAGCGGCAGCGGCAGUAAGUAUGAAGCCCAGCCUCAUUCAGAACUAACGCGUAUCCCUGUUCAUUAUAUCCGUCCUGAAAAUGUUUCACAGAAGGAAGCUAUAGUGGUCAGGUCAAAGUUUUGUGUCACCGAGCAAAUAUAUUCACUCUCUGGACUGAACAAGUUGACAUAUAUAGAUUGUGGAAUGCUGCUGGACGAGUCUCCACUUUUUGAUCCCUCUUUGCUUCAGGAGUUGGACUGGAACAGCAACACCGUGUCCUUCUCUCCCCCCAUCUCACCAACCAACCCAGGAGAUGACCUGGAGCUCAGGCCGCUGUGCACAGCAGAUUUUGAUAAAGGAUUCUUUGAUGUUUUAGCUCAACUUACCAAGACAGGCGAUGUCACGGAAGAGCAGUUUGUUAGUAAGUUCAAGCACAUGAAGACAACAGGAAACUACUAUGUUGUCGUCGUCGAGGAUAAAAACCUGGGACAAAUUAUCGCCACAGCCACGCUGAUCAUUGAACACAAAUUUAUUCAUUCCUGUGCCAAGAGAGGCCGGGUGGAGGAGGUGGUUGUCAGUGACAUAUGCAGAGGGAAGCAGCUCGGGAAACUGUUAAUGUCAACGCUUACUCUUCUCAGCAAAAAACUUAACUGCUACAAAAUCACUCUGGAAUGUGCGCCCAAAAACGUGGCUUUCUACCAAAAAUUCGGAUAUGCCUCCUCGGAUGAAACUUACAUGCAGUGCAGAUUCUUCGACUGAGGAGAGCUGCAGCUUUAACCACCUCACAGGUUUUGGGGCAUGGACCAUUUUUACAUCUGAUAUCAGCACUUGCAAUGGGGGUCUUUAGCACUAGCUCCCAGGGAUUCGGUUUGAUCAAGGUAUCUUAAUUUCUGAAAACUUGAGCGUCAGUUUAUUGAAGCUCAGUUUGACAAUAAUCCACCCUUUGGUAACCGCUGCUACCUCACCAGGGUGGGUGUUUGCUGUUAUUUUACCUUCAUCCGUCUUAAAGAAUGUAUGUAUUGUCUUACUUUCUCAGAGAAAAAGGGUAAUUGAGUACAAAAAGGACAAAGAGCAUAAUUUUACUGCUACACUACAAGUAAAGACAAUCCUACAAAAACAUUAAAUUUGGCUUUUAUCAUAUGGAAAAAAAGUAAAGCUUUUUCCCCAUGUUACUUUUAAGCUACACAUUCUCAUUAUCCAAUUUGGCCUAAAAUGAUAGUUUUCUGCCACCAAUUAAUAGCAACUGUUGACAUUCAUGAAGAACCACCAUGAGAUCUGGGUUUCACUUUUCUAGUAUGAUUGGUACGAAGUGCUCUUUUUCUCAGCAUAUCAGUUUUGUUGUUGGGUACCUAUAAUGAAGUUUUGAAUACAAGACUGUUAAACUAUUUCCAGUGGAGAAAAAACAUUUUCAAAGGUAGUGGUAAUAAUUUGAUAAGGGUGUUUUUUUUAGUUGGUUAACUGGAUUUAGCAUUAAGCAUUUUGUAAAAGAAAUGACAAGUGAUUUUUGUAAAUUCACUUUUAUUUAAGCUUUUGUAGUUGUUUUAUAAUUAUGCUUUUAUUCUGGGGCACGUAUUUAAAAUAACUUAUUUCCAAAUGUAAAUCCAAUAAAAUAUUCUAUGAUCAAGAGUUU